GUGCUAUGCGCGCGUGGAUCGGUAGAGGGCGCGCAAGAGCAGAAAGAGCCCAGCGGUUCUGUCGGGCUCACUUUGGGAAGCGCAUCGCCGGCGGAGCCAUGGUGAAGAUCGGGCUCACCCAGGCAGCGGAGGGGCUGAAGCCCACCAAGGAGGAGGAGGAGGAGGAGAAGGAGAAGGAGGGGGACGAGGAAGGGGCGCCCCCGUUACUGCCCAGCCAUGCCAUCAAGGCCGAAUUGUGCUUGCCCCCGGACGGAGAGCAGCAGGACUUCCCAAUGCAGAACCGGAAAUCUCUCAGCAACAUCUUCUACUUGACUAUGAUCCUGAUGCUGUUGCUUCUUGGCCUGAUUUUGACAUCAAUGUAUAUUUACAGAUACUUCUCUGUUACUGACUCCAUUUCAGGCUUGGCUCUGAUUGAUGAAGAUGAUGUACCUUGGGAAUGUCAGACCGUCUACGCUGACUACUUUUCCACCUCAAGGAGAGGGGAACAGUUGAAGCUGCGUGAAGAUGUGAGGAUUAAUUUCGAGGAGCAUUAUGAGUGGAUCAAUGUUCCACUGCCCCACUUGGAAGACAGUGAUCCUGCAGAUAUCAUCCAUGAUUUUCAGCGGGGAUUGACUGCAUAUCAUGAUCUUCUUCUGGAUCAAUGCUAUGUCAUUGAGUUGAAUACCACCAAUGUGUUGCCACCUCAAGAAUUUCAGGAGCUGUUGACCAGUAUGAAGAAUGGGGGAAACAUGCCAAAAACUUACAUCAUUGAGGAAGAGAUGAUAGUGAUGGAACCGGUCAAUGACACACACCAGCUUGGCUCUUCUAUAUAUCUUCUGUGCCACAGUAAAGAGACUUAUUGGCUGAAACGCAGGACUGCAAGGAGACAUAUCCAUCGACGAGCUGCCCAGAAGUGUCGUCACAUUCACCAUUUUGCAAAUACUUUUGUGGUUGACACAGCAAUUUGCCAGAGAUUGUGAGGAGCAUAAUUGCCCAUCCCCUAGCUUUGCUUCUACACAACCACACAACCCUUCAUGUUCUCUUCUUGAGAGAUGGAGGCUUAUUUCUCUUCUUCUUUCCAUAGUUUGUGUAUUGCUAACUUCUCAGGUCACUCAUGAUCACUGGAUUUUCAGUGUCUUUAAACAGCACUUGCUUUUUAUAUUCAUACUUAACUGUGCUUAAAUUUACUCAUUAACCACAAGACAUAAUAAUGGCCUUCCUUUGUUAAAACUAGUGCAGUAAUAUCUUCUGGAGGAUGAUCAACUUUGAGAUCUAUAAGGCUGGAAACAAAAAAGCAAA